AUGAAUAGGGUACCGCAGUUCCUAUUGUCUAUUGGUAGAGUAACUACUCCAUGGGCACGGGUACUCUACACUGAUCGGAUGUUACCAUCAUUCCUCUCCUUUCUUAGAACUUUUUUUUUUGAUACUGAUUCCCCCUCGAAAGGCACGAAUCUUCCUCUAUCUACGAAGUGCAUACCUAGACUACUGCGCUUGUCCACCUGCGCUUCAUUGCCCCACGACGAACGAUACCACGGAGACCUAUCCCCCCGGCCUCGCCGGCCUCAUCAUCACCCACAACAGGCAUUAACAACCUGGCGAGCCCGCCAAAAUAGAAAUAAAAGCAAAACAUUGGGUGUGCGUUUUUUUCUCGCGCUGCAACUGUCCCGAUCCAAAACUUCUCGCAGGCAUAUCGAUCAUAGAUCUUGA